AUGCUCGCUCGCUCAUCGCAAGCGGUAUGUUCGGCGAGAACCUCUGCACUAUGUAUCCACCCCAAACCCACGCCGCUAUUUCUGCGGUCAAAUUCAUCUGCUGCCGCCAGCACCGAACCUGCUCCCGAGGCCGCCCCCGCGCCUCGGAAGCGUACAAUUCCGCUCGCGAAUGUCUUUGGUGACAUUGAGAUUCUCAGUAGUCGUGCCCCCAGGACGUCGACCUCCGCGGGGUCACGCAACGAUUUCAGACCUGAUCUCAGCUGGCUCGGAGAUGACGAAUUUGAUGGCAAAGCACCCAUCGCACAGCGAAUGGCACGCAGGCAACUUGAUAUUCAGAACCAGUCCGGUCGCAAAUCGACCGCUGAGUCUCCUGUCGACGCGCAGACGCCAACUCCUCUCUUCGUUCCCAGCCGAGUAAACCUGUCAUCGGCGAAUUCCACGCAGCACAAUGACGCAGAGAGAACGCGGCCGAGGAGAGAAAGGAACGACAGGCAGAGGGCCUCCUCGGGGAACACAGCCGCUGCAGGUGGUCAGUACGCGGAGACGUACAAGGAGCGCGAACGUCCAGCAAAUCGUGACCGGGCCCGUGAGCCUCGAAACACGGAGUCUCUCAGCUCACAGCCUCGCACCGGGGAAAAACCUGCGGCUUUGGGGGUCAAGAAGGCUAUGAAGUCGCUAGCUGCGUCCGAAGCUGCAGAAGAUGUUAGAGUCACUACUGUGCGGCCUUCAUCCUCAGAUAUGCCGCCUAUCCAGACGACCGAUCUCGAGAAACUUUUCGGCACGGCGGAUGUGUCUCAGGCUCAGCCUGCUCUCUCGUCUACCCGGCUAUCCGGCGCCGCUCGCCGUGUUCAGCAUGUCCUAGAGACCACGGGCGGCGAAUACUCGCGCUACCUCCCGCCUAAUUUGGGGAGGAUGGCUCCUGAGCAACUCGGACCCAUUGCAAUGGCGCGGCUACACCUAGGGCGUAGAAGAGAGGUGGGACUUAGGAUGCGGCAGACUGCCUUAGACGUUGUCCAGCAGAUGGCUGUGACCAAGGCAGCCGAUGAUGUGAAGCAAGUGACUGCAUAG